AUGGCGCACCUUCACAUAACUCCAUCGGAUUUGCAUCGAGCGAAGAUCGAAUACAAGCCUGGCCAUCCCCACUCAAAGAUCUAUGAUUAUACUUACGGAUAUAACAUGAACUACUACCAACCAAUGAUCGAUUAUUUGGAUAAACGAGACUCGGCAUCAAAAAAAGAACGGGAAAACUUACAGUUGCCGCAUUUGCCUUGGACAAAUGAGCGUUACAUUAAAGAGUUCGAUCCAAAAAAUCCUAUAAAGUUAUAUAAUCGAGAAAACGGCGACAGACUCGCGAAAAAGUCUCAAGACGCAGCAUUGCGAAACAUAAAUAAUUUUGACGUGAAAAAUUCUUAUUUUCUAUCAAUUCCAACUGCUGAUGCAACAAAAUUGAUUAAAAAUCUUCCGAAACAAAGUGCAUUGGAUCAUAUUUAUAAAAAAGACGUGGGGAAGAUAAUUGAAGAUAUAAAAAACUUGGAAAUGGAUGCUUAUUAUCGAUAUAAGGAAGGUGAACGUCUUCUCAUCGAAGAAGAACGCGAAAACUUUCCAAUCUCAUUAAAGCGAGCGAUAAGAGGAAAAUCAGCAAAUCAAAUUCAACGAAUUUUACUUGCUGAUAGUAAAAAGAAUAUUGAAAAUGACAGAGAAGAAGAAGCACUUUUAUUUCGUCAAUGUUAUGAAACGGUUCGUGCUAAACGUCACGCGAGAUCUUUAAGUGAAACACGACCAAAAACCUUCGAAGAAGUUGACUUUGUGCAAAGUGCAAAUAAAAAUGUGUCCAAUACUUUACAUGAUGUUAAAAAGGAACUUACAAGUUUCACUAAUAAAACGGAGGAAUUUCUCAACGACACCAGGUACAGAUUACAUUUGAUUAACAGCAAUUUAAGAAAGCAAGAAAAUUUACUUGAACGUUACAAGCGAUAA